AGAGAAAGGCUAAAGUCCUCAGGAGGAUGUGGUUGCAGAGCCUGCUUUUCCUGGGCACUGUGGUCUGCAGCAUGUCGGCCCCCACCUCCCAGUCCAAGAACGUCACCUCACCCUGGAAGCAUGUGAAUGCCAUCAAAGAGGCUCGGAGUAUCCUGAACCACUGCAACGACUCUGCUGCCAUACCGAAUGCAAUGAUAGAAGUCGUCGCUGCAAAGUUCAACCCCCAGGAACCAACUUGCCUGCAGACCCGCAUGGAAUUGUACAGACGGGGCCUGAGGGGCUGCCUGAAGCGGCUCUCGGACCCUCUGACCAUGAUAGCCAGUUACUACAAGCAGAACUGCACCCCUACUCUGGAAACUUCCUGUGCGACCCAGUUUAUCAACUUCAAAAGUUUCAAAGAGGACCUGAAGGACUUUCUGUUUGUCAUCCCCUACGACUGCUGGGAGCCGGUCCAGAAGUGAGCAGCUCAGACCAAUCCGGCCAGCCCCGGAGGCUGACCUCACAGACUGCGGCUCUCCAACCCCAAGGAGCUAAGAACUUCAUCCUGGAGGGACGAAGGGGUUAAUCACAGCCACUGUGAGGGUGGCAUGGACCUGCCAAGGGCCACACUGACCAAGUUUUGGACCUUGUAGAAGAAGCGGGUAUUUUUUAUAUUGUCUGGGAUCUAUAAUAAUUAUUUAUAUAUUUAUG